UGAGAUGUUGAGGAACUUCUUUGAUUCUUUUACACCUCGUGAAUUCAUUCAGUGAGAGGUCAUUUCUUUCUCUAUCCAUUUGCUGUUUCGUUUUUAGCAAGCUUUGGGGUUUGCUAACUUGAAGUUUUGAUCCGAAGGGUGGUGAGGUCUAUUUCUGUUUUUGUUUUUGCUCAUUUGUCCGCCUGUUCAUUGCCUUCAAUCCCCUCGUGUACUCAUACUCUCAUCAGACUUACCUGCUUAGAUUUUCCCAUAGCUGGAGAUAUGUUAGGCAUUCCCACACCAUCUUUGAAUUGAAGGUAGAGGGAGGAGGAUGGUUAAUUUUUUGUUUCGGUGAAGACUGCAGCCAGAUUUCUUUCCUCCCAAAAUGUUCUUCAUAGCCCUAUGGAGUCAAAAGUUGCCUUUCUGAAGAAAAAAGGCCUCUCGGAUGCAGAAAUAGACCUGGCUGUCAAGCAGUCCCAGGUGAUUAUCCAAAGCAGGUCGUUUGAACACAGUAAAAAUCAAACUACAGUACUACAGCCGUACAUGACCCCAUGGCCAGUACAGUCAAGGUGGUCCAAGUACCGUGAUGUUGUAGAUACAAUCGCUAUUAUUGGUGCCCUUAGCUAUGCUGUGUAUUGGUUUUACAAGAAGUACCUUGCACCAUUCCUGUUUGGUAGUAAGAAAAGUCUAGACACUCGAAUUUCUGAUCUGGACCAAUUAAUCACAACCUCAGUCUCCGACAUAAAGUUAGACGUUGUCAAGAUCAAGGAAGAGGUGAUGAAAGCCUCUGAGAAGAAAAUUGACAGCUUAAACAGACAACUCGAAGAGCUCAAGAAUGAACUUGCUUCUCUAAAGAAAAUACUUCUGAAUCGGAAGCAGUUUCCGAGCACAACAGUCGCAACACCUCUCUCCAUCCCAGCAUGGCAAAUGGCUUCUUCCGAAGAGAAGGAAGUCGAGGAGGAGGGUGUCGGCUCUGGUACAAAUGGAAGUGACUCCAGUUUAGAAAUGAUCAAAGAGUAGUCCAGACUUGUUAAAGAGAAUAAGAUCCUCUGUGAUAUUUCUAUUUCUUCCUUUUCUAUUAACUAACUGAAAAGACAAAAAUAUCAAUUUACUUUUCUAAAAACAUGAUUGUUUUCAAAUUGAGGAUCUGUUAUUGCAUAACAAAAUUGAUAAAUAACAAGUUAAUAAUGGCAGUCAUUUUAGGUCAAUUGAUUAGGAGUGAGUGUAUGGGCUUUUUUUUUUUUAAUAAAAGAAAGUAUUUAUAAAAUA